AUGAGACUUCUUACCACCCUCACCACCUUCCUUCUUGCCCCGGCUGUGGUCCUAGCAGGCUGGGGCUACACCGAUGAUGGCAAGAACUAUGUUAUCGACACUAACGCCAACCUCGUCGUUAAGGUCAGCAAGACGAACGGCGACAUGACAUCGAUCGAAUACCGCGGUGUCGAGUACAACGGACAAGGCGGCAAGAACUCGCACGUUGAAUCUGGACUGGGCGCGUCCACGGUCACCAUCAAGCAAUUCUCGAACCCUAACGUCAUCAAGAUCAAUAUCGAAUACAAGACCUUGAAGCACGACCUCGUCUUUCGUUACGGCAACCCGAACGUAUACAUCUUCAUGAACAAGGCUGACACCAGCGUUACCGUCUCGCGAUACAUUGUUCGCGUUCCACCCCAUAUCUUCACCAACGAUCUUACCUCCGACACCGAUUGGAUCCCUGACAACGUCAAGGUCGUCGAGGCUGGCGAUGUAAACGCGAUCACAUCCAACACUCACACAUACAGUAAGCACUACUCCGGCUACAAGUAUGGACGUACCAUGGACUAUGAUUUUGUCGGAUACACGAAUAAGAAUGUAGGAAUGUACAUGAUCCGCUCGAACCACGAGAAAGCUUCUGGUGGACCGUUCUUUAGAAGCUUGGUGAGGCGCGGUGGACCGGGUGGACCGGAUUUGUACGACAUCUAUCACUACAACAUGGGACAUACUGAUGUCAUGCGCUUUGGCUUGCAAGGCCCAAGUGUUCUGCACUUUACCGAUGGUGGCGCUGCACCCAACGCCAACCUCUUCGCCCGCAAAGCGGACUGGAGCUGGUUCGACAACCUUGGUAUUGACGGGUGGGUUCCGGCUAGCAGGCGCGGAGUUGUUGCUGGUAUUGGACUUGCCAACAUGAAGAACGGUCAGCAAUAUGUCGUUGGUCUUAAGAGCGACGCCGCGCAAUAUUGGGCAACAGCCGGUGCGAAUGGCGCGUGGAGGAUUGACAAGGUGCUUCCCGGCACAUACACUUUGAACGUGUACAAAAGCGAACUCGAGGUCCACACAAGCACUGUCACCAUCAGUGCAGGGUCUACCACAAUCAAGAACACGAUCACCUGCGCCGACCCCCAAGACGCCGCAGUCGUCUGGCGCAUCGGCGAAUGGGACGGCUCACCGAAGGGCUUCCUCAACUUCGAAGACACCCCCAUGAAGCCCACUUACAUGCACCCGUCGGACUCUCGCCUCGCUAGCUGGAAGCCCGGUAACUACAUCAUUGGCACCAGCAAAGCGAACCAGUUUCCCGGUUACAUGUGGAAGGAUGUCAACAACGAGUACCUCGUGUACUUCCGCCUCACUGAUGCACAGCUCGCCGAGAGCUUCAAGAUCAGAAUCGGCGUGACGCAAGGACUGGCAGGUGGUCGUCCGGCUAUCAACGUCAAUAGUUGGGCUGCUCCGCUGCAGGCGCAGAAGAGUGAGGGCGAUACUAGAAGCUUGACUGUUGGUACGUACCGCGGCAACAACCAGGUGUACGAGUACACUGUUCCUGCUAGCGCGUGGGUUAAGAGUGCGAGAGAGUAUCAGGUGUUGAAGAUCAGUGUUAUUACUGGUAAGACUGCGACCGGGUAUUUGAGUGGAGGUGUCAGCUUUGACGCUCUCGAGAUGAUUGCCGUUUGA